AUGACGAGCUCGGAAUCGGAAGAGCAGGUGCCGUCGAGGAAGAGAUCGAGGACGAGUGAUGAUGGCGGGAAGGAGGGGAAGAAGGCGAGGGGGAGGCCGAGAGUUGAACCUCAGGAUGCGACUGCUGCGGAUAGACGAAGGACGCAAAUUCGCCUGGCGCAAAGAGCGUACCGCCUGAGGAAAGAAACGACGAUCUCAUCACUAAAAUCUCAGAGCACGCAGCUUCAUUUGAUCAUCGAUCAGAUGAGCAAGACGUUCCUGCGGCUGAAAGAUGCAACACUCAAGGCGGGCUUGCUGCAGCUAAGCUCAAGCCUGACGAGUGAAUUUAAGGAUGCUACCGAGGCGUUCACAAAUCUAGCGCAGACUGCUAGUGAAAUCGAAGCUGGCGAGGAUGAAAUCGGUGAUGGUGCCGAGCAGGCUGAACCAACUCGAAUUGCGCAACGAGCGCAGGCUGAUAUCUCGCGACCUGCCGAAGUACGAGACAUCGGAUGGGGUUAUUCCACUACACCGGAUAAAAGCACUCAGCAUACACAGACGCAGACACCGCCCGAGAACUACUUCCAGAACGUCGGUGGAACACUUCCACAAGCACAGACUAGUAGCCUUGUACCACGACGACAAUUCACGGUUGGAGAGAUCUGGGAUCAAUCCAGAAAUUCGACUCUACACUAUCAACCCACAACCAUAACCUCGCAGUCAACUAAUGAACUUCCGUUUGGCAUGGUCAAUAUGAUACACGACGAGGACUCAUAUUCACCAGACCCUCAAAUUUACCCCAUCAGAAUUCCAACGCCUGACGUAACACCGCCCAUGACCCGCUUCUCAACACCACUUAUCCAAAUGCCUUCUCUGAGCAAAAAGACCAUUGCCUCUAUCUUCACCUACAGCCACGACGAAACAACCUUAGCCCGACGCCUCACACGCGCCACUUUAGAAAAGGGUUUCCAUGUUCUCAGCAACAGCUCUGUCCCGCCUCACGCCCUGGAACACAUCUUCAAGCUUUCUCUAUCCUACCUCUCGCUCGAACAACUACAUGCACGCUUCAAAGCGAUGCUAGCCCGUAGCGUCAACGAUGAUCUCGAUUUCUGGGAAACACCUUUCAUUCAUCUAGGUGGCGCGGGGACACAUUAUCCCCGCAAAGACGCCAACGGGCAAUGUCAUGCCCCUGAAGAACACCUGGUCGAUACGGCAGAUUGGGCCACUUGA